AUGACAGCUUCUCUAAACGAGCAAGAUCUCGCUCAGGUAUCAAGUUUUUUGCAAUCGAAUUGGACAAAAGUAAUUAAUUCAGAUCCAAAACUGAUUAGUUAUUUUAAAAACAAAAAGAUUACGCCGCCCUCAUUCGAAGACGUUUGCACAUGGAAUAUUGAGAAUAAUAAACGGAAACGAAAGUCAUCCGAAAAUGGUGAUUCAAGUAGUGGAAAAAAACCCAAAUUAUCAAAUGGUACUGCUGCAAGUCAUGAUGAUUCAGAUAGUGAGAGUGAUGACGAGGAAGCUGACAAACUAAACACCAAAGCAAAACUGGCAACAGCUGCAAUACGUACAAACACAGCAACAAUCAAGCGUUCGAGAAGCACAACCAGUGACUCAUCCGAUGACGGAAAUGACCAGAAAGGAAAGAAUAAUCAACAAAAAAAACCAUCAGCUCAAUCAAACAAACCUACCUUCUCUCCUACGAAAUCAGCCACAGCACCACAACAACAGGCAGUAAAGAAAGCCGAGACUUCGUCGAGCGAUGAUUCGUCUGAUGAUGAUAUCAAGAAGAAGCCAGCGACAAAUUUGAUUAAACCUCAAGUGACUCAAGUGCAAGCCAAAGCUCAACAAGCGAUCGCGAAAA